UAUAACAUUUUAGUCACCAUCCAUUUACUGCUCUGGAGAAAGAGAGUGUGAGUAAUUUUUCAACACCAUGUCGACAAAAGAUAGUAAUAUGCCACUUGCUACUUCUGCAUCGUCCAUCGUCAUUACUGCAAUGACGGGGUGUCAUUUCGUCAAGAUUAAAGGUUACUCGCAAGCAAUGCUGCUCGGUAAUGGUAAGUGCAUUGAGUCUCCCAAAUUUGAAGCGGCUGGCCACGUUUGGUGCAUUAUCUUUUACAUAAUGGAUGGUUAUAAUAUCCCACUCGACCUUAAGCUGGUUGAUAGAUCAAAAAAUGUCACUGCUGACGUCCAAUUUAGCAUGUUACAGCAGUGCAACCCUGAUAUCACUUCGACCAUGUCCAAUUAUAGCAUGACCAGGUACACAUUCAACAACAGACGCAACAAUAAACAUUGUAGCUUCAAUUGGUCUGUUCGUUCAAAGAAAUAUAUCAAUCAGGAUGACGACUCAAUUAUUAUCCAAUGUGACAUCAAGGUGCUAAACAAGCCAGAAGUCCGUAGCAUCAGCGUAGCGGAGCUAGGCUUGAUCUGUCAUUGUAACGAUGAUACCUGCAAAUGUCUGCAUGACACAUGCCCUAUGAUGUCUACCGAGCCUGGUGUUGAAAAGAAAGGGUUAUUUGCUAGACUUUUUUCAUGUUUCCAAGCUUAAGAAUGGUUAUUGUAAGUCAUGUUAGUCAGUGUCUAAUCUAUCACUAUUUUUAGCUAAUAAUUAGUCAUUUACGGCAGUUCAGUUCAGGGGCUAAUAUAUGCAAUAGUUCGUAAUGUAAUUCUUUUGAUAACAAAUAAUAAAUAUGUUUGUCUUCCUCGAUUUCAAG